UGGUGUCAAGAAUUUUUGUGUUAUGGUGUCUGUGCAUGCAUGUCACGUGCCGGUUUAGGGCGAGAGGAUAUUAUGAAAGAAGCAGUUCAUACUGACAUUUUCCAAGCCUGAAGCAGAAUCACUUGGAAAAAAAUUCUAGGUAAAAUGGCUUAGCUGUUUCUGAGAAUUGGAUUUGGAAAAUAUGUUGUUUUGAAUGGAUUAAGCCAAAAGGUCUAAUUUUUUCCUAGAGAAGCUCCAAGAUGGUCAGGUUUUAUUUGGCUGAAAUGGCAUCAGCAGUGCAUCUUUCGUCAUCCUUGUCAAUUUGCCCAAAUCAGGCAAGUUACACUAUUUAGAAAGCAGCACCAGUUUGCCCAUGCCAGCUAGAGACAUGCCAGUGUGCAGGUACUGAAUCCAGACAGUAAUCUGAAUCCUGUGUGCCACCAGGGCUCUGUCAGGAAGCACCUUGCUUGGAGGCUCUACAGCUCUGACUCCUGGCUUUGCAGACCUGGGAAUAGCAUGGGGCAUCCAGAGUGAGGUGAGUGCUGAUGGGGGAGAGUGGAGCAAGGAGCUGGAGUGGAAGAAGUGGAGGUACAUGGGAACAGGAGGAAGAUAUGAACUCUGGCUGGAGGAUGGGCAGGCUGGUGCUGACUAUAGAGUCAGCACCCUUGCAGUACUUAAAUUCUAUACUGCUAAAUUCCCUGAGACACAUAGGCAGCAGAUUCAUUAUUCACUUGAAUUCCUUGUGGAUAAUCCCACUCCCACACCAUAUUGUGAUCUUGCCAAUAUCAACAAUCCUGGCACUUCUAAGAAAGUAAAUAAUUCUUUAAUAAAAGCAUUACUGAUUCGCUAAGAUAAAAAUUCCACAUGGCAGAGAGACAUGGAAGACAGGUUUAUUGUGCUGGACAACCAUGAAAGUAGGUCAGAUACAUGCUUUCUGUAGAUUCUUGAUGGCUGUCACGGUGUGACAGCUACAGAAACAAUUGUGGCAAAGCUUCCACUUUUAUUUCUUGAACAGCUUUCUCAUAUAGAUUCCUCCUACAAAAAUAAAAACGAGAAAGAACAAAUUCUAGAAUUUUUUUUUGCCACACUAAUCAAGGCAGAUAACAGGGAAAAAGAGAAGAACCAGGCAGUGAGGAGGCCAACAAAACUAUCUAUUAUGAAAGUGUAUGCCAAGUCCUUUUGGAGAAUCAGAUUUUUACAGCUGGGAAGGAAUGAGGAUUCCAAAGUUCACUUUCGUGGCUGUUCAGUGGUAAAUAGAAUUCCUAGUGAAGAGAUGGAUGGCACUGGGGAAGAUGAAAGAAAACAUCCUGAAAACAACGCACACAGUUCAUUAGCCAGGACAACCAAAGGUGUUGCUGGGCUACUGCACGUUGCUAUUAUAGGUAAGUACAUUCCACAUCAAGAUUUUUCACCCAAUUAAGAGAAAAAAAGGAAAAAAAAUAAAAAAAGGCAAGCAUAAAAUAAUCUAGAGAUUUGUUGGCAGUUGGUAUCUGGAGAUAAAAUGCAGCAAUUCCUUUAGCUUGACAAUGUGACAAAGACAUGAUAAAUUCCCUCACAACUGAUACUGCUAUCAGACAAUAAUAUUCAGCUUACUAGAUAAGUAGCCUGAGCACAAUACUUGAAUUAAAGCAUUUAAUUCAAUUUACUAAAGUAAAAGAGUUAGGAAGCAUUCUGUAAUACACAAAUGACCUCUUGACCUCUUUAAGAAUAGCAUGUUUUUUGUUGGUUUUUUUUCCUUUUUUUUUAAUCAAGAGGUUUAAGGUAUCAUCACUUCAGGAAAAGCUUCUGAUUCUUGAAAUUAUAAAGUCCUUGUGACAAUAAAACAUGCUUAAAAUAUUCAUUCAAUUCAUUUGUUUCAUUAGACUAAGUGCCACCACAUUUUGCUACCAGCAAACUGAAAACAUAAUUUGAGGGAAUAAUCUGAAUUAAUACUUUCUGAAAUAGGAAUCUGUUGUAUUUUACUGUUAGAAAGAACUAUUCAGACUUGUUUCCUUAUGAAAUAGAACCCUGCUUUUCUUUAGUACAGAAUCAGUUAUUUAUCACAACCAGGAAUAAUGAUACAUUCCUAAUGCUUCUGCACCCACCCCUGCUACAAGGGACACUAGAAAAAGCCCUUGCAGACUAGCAACUCUAGUCAUUGUAUCGUCCCACAUGGUGAUUUUUGUUACCACUUAAGCCCUCUUGUGUAAAUAAAACAACUGUGAGAUUACAAGCAAGAUACUUGCUUUCCCAGAAAGGUGUGCACAAGCACAGUUACACAAAAAAGCUGGUGAAGAGUUCCAGAUGGAUUUGUGUCUACGGUUACGUUCUCUUCCAGCCUAUGCCUGAAGCACGUGCCCAGCACACCACUUCUCCAUCACUUUCCCUGGCAUCAGUAAGGAGCGGGCUGACACUGCAGCUGGCAUCAGAGGAACUCUCUUCCUGUACUGUGUGCCUUCACACAACUUGUAAGACUUCUUCAUAUUUUUCCGUAUGAAAUUUUACCAAAAUUAACGAAGAGGGUCAAAGAUCAGUAGGAAAAGGGAGAACCAUCUGAGAAGCUUCAUUUUUGUCAGGAAAAAAAAAUUUAAAAAAUCAUGCUCCACAUUUGAAAAAAAACCAAUUCCAGAUUAAAAAAAAUGUUUUUGCUUAACGAUAAUUUGCACUCUGCCAGUCUGAGAAACACUGUAAACCAACCUGAUCAUGCACUGACACUGAACUAGGUAACUGGUGUAUCCCACUGCCUCCAUUCUUCAAUGCUUGCUGCUACAGCUGUAGCUCACCUCAAACAAGCUUUCUGCAGCCACAUGAACUUUACUGGUACAGGUAUCAAAACAGGCAGUUUAGCACUAGCCCAGCUAUUCUUUCAGGAAAU